GGCGAUGUGUUUUCCUCCCUCACACCGGGGUGUUAAUGUGGGAGCUCUAAUGAACGCGGAGACCCCUAACAUCCACAUACCUCCUGUGGUAAAGGUUUCCUGUGACGACUUUACGCGCCGUGUAAAAAGGCAGCUCCUGCCGAGACCAAUGGAUUUCUCCCUCUCAUCUUUGGAAAUGCCGAUUGACUUUAACGACUGCAGACCGGAGGCUCUGUGAACUGCUCUUCAUCCUCCACUCCAUCCCUCCAUCCAUCCCUCCAUCCAUUAAUCUGUCCGUCCACCCAGGACGCGCUGUUUGACACACGUGUGUGUCAUUUGCUCGGCGCUUCGCCCCUGACAGCACGGCGGUUUCCGCUCAAGGAAAUGAUGGAGGAGGAAAGUUUGUGACGCCUCUUUCGUUUUUUUUUUUUCUUUUUGGGAAGGAAGACUGAAGAUCAUUUGCGAUUUGCGCAGUUAGUUUGCCCGAGUCGUUGGAGAGCGGGUAUAGGCUGAAUCCAAAAGAUCUGCAUGGAUUUGGGGAUAAACAGGUCUCUGACACUGAGAUGUCUCAACAUUGGAAAUGCUGCUCCACGGCUGUCUUUUGCUUUUCAUCAUCUCUGCAGAUAAAACAUCGGCCUUGUCGGAUCACCACUGUGGUGGAAAUGUCAGCCUGGACCAAGACCUCUCAGGUCAAAUCAACCUCACGAUACCGGGACAUUUUGCUACAACCAGCAGGCCCGACCCCAUGAUCCAGCUGUCUGGCAAAGCUUUGAAUAUUUCCCUUUGCACUUGGGUGUUGGAUAUUCCUUCGGGGAGGACGGUACUUCUAUACGUCGUGGAGUUGGAAAGUGGCUCAAAUAUAUCGGUGCUUUGUGACUUGGCCAAGGGGCCGCAGGCCUUACAGAGCAAGGGUACGGUUUUACUGUCCGGCUGUGACAGAAACAAAGCCGCCCUCAGUUGGACAGGAACAGGACGCUUCCCAAAUGAAGUUCAGCUGGCUUAUUAUGUUCAGGAAGAUGAGAGGAAUUCCUCAGAGGUCCACUCAACCAAACAACCAGACGGAGGCUCCACUGGUUGGUCGCAGACAGGAACUUCCUUCACUAGUACUACUGUUGUUACUGGAGGGGUGCUGGGAACCGCGGAUGACGGUAAAGGUUACCCCCACGAAGCUCCGGGGUCAACUUCUGGACCUCCGUCCGUGUCCAGCGUCUCCCCUCAGGACGAGUGGUCGUUGAGCCCCACCUCACCCCGGCAGGGACUCCCUGACGCUGGGAGAGCUGAUAGGGAAACUCUCCCUCUUCCUGAGGAAGGACCGAACAAUGGAGCGGAUACAUCUGGCGCUGCUCACCUCAGAGAGGAGGCCAUGACUGCAAGAACACGCCCACAUUUUCGGACACCAAACACCGAAUCCACAACUGUAAGCCUCACCAAACUAUCCUCCCCUCCAACGCCGAUGCCCCGGACUGAUGAAGCCAUUACUCAAUCCAAUCCCUUGCCUGGCACGGAUAUUCCCAAAUCGUCUAAACAUACCGACAAACGUGUAACCACACAAAAAGACCACAGGGUGUCUAGCUCCAGCAUUCUUGAUUUCCCUCCUUCUGAGGGACAGACCUGGGAGAGUGAUACCACCCUGCCUCCACAUGGUGGAGCUGUUGUUCAGACUGAGGAUGAACAACCUUUUUCUGGGAGAAGCCAGCGAAACGCAGAAGGACUUGAUUCUGAUCUGACCCCCGCCACCAUUUUGAACCCUUUAAAAUCAUCCGACAAACCUCAUGACUCAAGAAAUCCAAAUGCCGACGCUGAACCCACUCUAUCAUCAGCAUCAGCAUCAUUUUCACAGGACCUAAGGAGGAGUCAUUCCCCCAUCUACCACAACAUGGAGCCCGUCCCUUCUGCUGUUACUGUGGAGGCUUCCUCUGUUCAUCCAAUCACAAGUCAGAGCGAUUUGGUUGUAGUUAAUGUUUCUGCUCAGACGGCCGAAUUCAAGCUAGAUGAUAAAUAUCAAAUAACUGAUUUGUCUCAUACUCUUGUCCCUUUCACACCAAGUCAAACCAAAUCUCCUAAAAGCACAGAGAGCAUUUCACAAUUCUCCCAGUUCACGCGAACAAGCGACGAAGAUACACAAACUGCAACAAAAAGCACACAAAGAAAUGUAAAUAAUUCCUCGUCACCUGGAUUGACAGAGAGUGAUGACCAGCUAUCAGGUUCCACUGUGUCGUUUUCUACCACCGAACCAUCCCAGACACAGCCAGUCCUAAAUUUAUCUGCUACAGCAAUCACUGGAGAAAUGUCUUCACCCCCAGCUGUUCGCACAGUCCAGCAUGACCGUUUAAAAAACGAUUCAGUGACUGUUCUUCCUUUAUUGUCAUCCGGUUCAAACACAGACUCAUCUCUGCCUGCAACUGUGAUCCAAACACAAACUGCAUUCCCUGGCAAUACUAACAAAACUUCUCAAUCCCCCAUGCGCGCAUCUUCUCUAGACUACAAAAGCCUUCCUGAAUCCUCACAACCAUCAUGCACGCCUCAAACGCUCCAUCACCCAGACUUUCCCACUUCCACAAAUAUCCCUACAGCACAUACACAGUCUCACAACGGCAUCACCCCUGCUUUUCCCUCUCUGACCAUAAACUUGGACAGCACCAUGGCAAAGCCCGUUACCACAGCCGAAGCUUCAGCAGCCAUGAAUCCCAGCCCGUGGAACACUGUGGCGCCCACGCCUUCUGUUCUGAACCCUACGUCUGUUUGGGCCACCACUAAAAGUCCAGUGUUCUACAUUGUGCCAAACCAACCUGCUUCCAUCAGAGUGGAGUCCGUUGAGCUGCUGCUUCAGAUAGUUGUGGAUGACUCCAGGUCUGCUUCGACUCCCCGUUUGGAGGAGGACACCACAGCCUGGGUGGUGCCUUACUUGCAGAGAGCCCCAGGCUUCUCUAAGCUCCUGGGAGUCUGGAGCAGUGGCCACGCCGUGCAGAGUCUGAUAGAGUUUAAAACCAGUGGGGCUCUGCAGUGGAUUGGAACAACUGGACCCGUCUCUCUGUUAGAACGAAUAGGACUUGCUCAAGUUGUUCGUGAGGAGAAGACGUUUAGAUCAUCCAAGAUAACCAACAUCACUCUCGGAGGACUUCAGGGUGAUGUGUGUGGCUGGUUGCUGCAGUGCCCUGCAGGUUAUAAAUGUGGGCUUCACCCUGGCACCGGAAACUACAGCUGCUCCUCUGUUUGCCGCUUUGACCACUGCCACCACCACGGCAUCUGCACACACCAUCCAGGCCAGCCACCAGUCUGCCGUUGCCUCGUGGGUGAUGACUUCUGGUACAUGGGUCAGAGGUGUGACAUGAAGAUGACUCGAGCGCGUCUCGUCAGUGCAUGCCUUGCCAUCUUACUCACCCUGGUGACGGUUAUUGGCAUUCUGGCCUUUGUGGCUGUGCGACGUUAUCGUGCCGUUCUGAUCCAGGCCAAAGUGGACCAGACCCGCAGCAGCUACCGCCGAUUCAACCAUUUUGAUGAGCUGUCUGGUCGGUUCUGGUUGCGUUCGUGGGCUGGAUCAGCAGAUUCACUGGACAAUCCUGCCUUUAUGCGCUCUGAUGAGUUACUGCAUCUGCGAGCGCUCGACCGCCCCUGCUGUUACCAUGAUGACACGCUGUCACUGGCCUCCACUUGCCCCAGUCACGGAGCACGCAUAAACACGAUAUACCCCCACAGCUCACAGUAUGGUUGGAGGGGGAGUGAGAUGAGUGUGGGCGACGGCGUUUUGGACUCUGGUAAGGCCAGUGACCUAUCUGUCUGUAGUUGGCCAGUGGAACCCAUUCACUGGACUCCGUUCCCACUUCUUCAGCAACUGGCUUCCCACAGAACUCCCCCAGUCAGGGUGGCACGACCGCGAUCCUACUGUGAAGGCAUGGAGCUGGUGGACCUGGAGAAGAGCUGGACUGCUUGAAACUCAAAGAAGAUAUGCUAACCUUGUUUUCACAUCAGUGCAGUGUGCAUCAAUGCUUCAUUGUCCUUGUUUUGCAAAUAAAUGUAUUUUCCUUAACUUGCACUCACUGUUUAGUUAUAAUCCAGUCCGAUUCUAAGUCUAUGUGACCUUAUCUGAAUGUCUUUUGUCUAUGGUACAGAGUUUUUGUAAUGCCUCAAUAAAUCAAAAUCCUAAUCAGGGAAAAGAUACUUUUUGGGGUGGGG